AUGGCCCCUUCCACUGCUACAGCACCUGGAGGUCUGAACCACUAUGCCUACGCUACCAACGAUAUGGUCAAAACACACAAAUUCUGGACAGAGGUCAUGCGCUGUAAAUUCCUUGGAGCGCAGCGUCAGGGUGGGGAGCCUGAUAAAUACAGUGGAGAGACCUUGGGGAGCUUCCUGCAUUGCUUCUAUGGCCUAGCGGACGGGUCAGCCGUGGCCUUCUUCGAACUCGCCAACAACUUUACGAAGACAGAUGAUGGCAUCCCCGCCUUUACAAAGCACCUCGCUCUGUCGGUCAAUUCCCGCGAUGAGUUGUAUGAUUGGAUGGCCCAUUUCAAAUCUUGCGGGGUCGAUGUCAAGGGCGAAAUCGAUCACGAUGGUCUUUGGUACUCCAUCUACGUCAUAGACCCGAAUGGUCAGAUGGUGGAACUUACAUGGCAAUCACGGGCAUUCAAUGAAAAGGAUGUUGAGGAAGGGUUGGAGAUUAUGAGGCAGUGGAGAGAAGACAAGGCCGGGGGUAAAUUAUCCACUUAA